GUCAAUGUUCCACUUUAGGAUUGUUGGCAGUGUUGUACCUCUCAAUGGUAUCGUGAUUAGAAUUAGUUUUUCUUUAAACAAGGUUGAUAUCAUACGGACUUAUGCCGUUCAGAGGUGCAUAUACCUUCGUUUCACAACCUCAUAGCUCAUGUAGAAUAGACCAUUCUGAUCCACACUCCAUUUCAGAGGGUGGCGGUAAUGCGCAGCUAAAAAGUUGUUUGCCGGCCGCCGUAAGAAAGGAAAAGAAGAAGAAGAAGAAGUGACGUCAUGUCCCUGCGACUGUUUACAUGCGACAUAACCAUCAUGGCUCUGUUUCCAGCGUUUGCAGGAACUGCGGGUGAUAACGUUGAAGAUUCGUCCACAGAACUAGACUGGCUGAGCAACAAGAGUUUCCGGACGGGGGAAGCCGUCUCUCUUCACACUCGCUUUUUAAAGGAGAAGGAAAAAAGAAUUAACUUCGGUGUUGGCAGAGCGGUGAGCUCUGUGGAGGAGGAGAAAGAAGAAGCAGAAGGGGACAAUGUGUCCGCCAAAAGGAAGAAGAAAAAGAAGAGUGAGAAGAAGAGGAAAAAGAAGGGAAAGCACAAAAAGAAAAGUGGGAGGUGUUCAGAUAGUAGCGGGUCUGACUCUGAAACCACCUAUCCCAGUGAUCUGAAAAGGGAACAAAAGGCAGAUAGAUUACAGGCUCCAGUAGCAAGUAAUUUCUCCUGGUUGGAUGACCUCCAGUUGCCCACAGAGCAUCAGUUCUGUGUGGACCGUAAACCAGACGCUGCCAACUGGACCUACAAGUCCCUGUACAGAGGAGAUGUUGCAAGGUACAAGAGGAAAGGCAGCUCUUCGUUGGGUCUGCACCCCCGCAGUCAGGGAGUCAGCUGGCAGGAAUCCGAGUCCAAUAAGAAACAGAAAGGCGGAGACAAGAAGAAAGCGGCAGACAGAUACUUCUCUGCAGUCAGUCGCCAGCUGUUGAGGUCCGAAUCUGCUGUUCCUUUAUUACCAAAGGUUCCUGAUUGUAGUGAUGUUAUCAGCACCUUCCUCCCUCUGGCAGAUGAGGGGGAGAACAACAGAGGGGAGACGGGUGACAGAGUGCAGACAUCAUCUGUAAACCCGCUCGGUGUGUACGACUCGUCCACGGCCCUGUGGCUGCAGGGGAAAGGACAGCAGGAGCAGGCGGUGCAGCAGAAACAGGACACACAGACGGGGGACAGCGCUUUGCUCAUGACCAGGAGGACCGAGGAGUUUAACAGGCAGCUCAGACAACAGCCGACAGACACAAAGCUAUGGAUCAAAUUCAUACGCUACCAGGAUGAGCUGAAUUUAGCAGAGUUUAGAGGAGAGGAGGAGCAACAUGGCAGCCUCCCGACUGAGCGCCGCAAGUCCUCCUACCGAGCAGUGUUGGAGAAGAAGCUGAGCAUCGCAGAGCGCGCUGUGGACUCCAACCCCACCUCUGUAUCUCUGCAGCUGGAGAGGCUCAGGAUCUGCCAGCAGCUCUGGGAGCCCUCAGCCCUGGCUAAAGAAUGGAAGAAACUGGUGUUCCUCCACCCAAACAGUGCCCCAUUGUGGAGGGAGUAUCUGCUCUUCACCCAAAGCUACUUCAGCAACUUUACUGUGUCGAGGGUCAACUCUGCGUAUGGAAAGUGUCUAAGCACUCUCGGCUGUGUGCGGGAUGGCAGCAUGCUCUCUCACCCAGCCUUGCCUGGGGUUGAGGAGGACUUGCUGGAUAUCUUCAUCCAACAGUGUCAUUUCCUGCGUCAGUCUGGUCACUCUGAGAAAGCAGUUUCUCUGUUUCAGGCCAUGAUCGACUUUACUUUCUACAAACCUGACAGUGUACGACAACUAUCCACCAGGCAGCAGGUGGAGUUAUUUGAGCCAUUCUGGGAUAGUGGGGAGGCGAGGGUUGGAGAAUUGGGGGCCAGAGGCUGGAAAGCCUGGAUGCUCCAACAAGAACGCGGAGGAUGGCUACAGCCCAGUGCAGAUGACGAAGAGGAGGAGGAGGAAGAGGAGGAGGAGGUGAAGGAUCGUAGCCAGCCCAGAGGGACAGUCUGGCUGGAUGUGGAAUGGUCUCGGGAAGCUGCUCACUGGUUGCCCUGGAGGCCUGACAAAGCUAAGGGCCAAUCAGAAGAGGACUGCGAGGACCCGGACAGACAGGUGUUAUUUGAUGACAUCGGCUCGUCCCUCAUUUGUCUGUCUUCACCAGAGCUCCAGCUCCGUUUUCUUCUCCAUUUCUUGUCGUUCCUGGGGCUGCCUGUCGACUCUGUGCUCUCUCCUGCCCUCUGUCAGCCUGGCCUGCUGCUGGAGAACCUGUCUUUUCUCACUGAGGGUAACAAGCUCCAGCCUCCUCUGACCUCCCACGACCUACCUGCCACCGGGGUUAACUCUGUAGGUCACAUGACCACUCUUCAGGGAAACAGGAAAUGGAUGGGGCUUGGGAAACAGGGCGAGAGGUUUGUCACCAACCUGUUAAAUAUGGUGCAACCCGUCCUUCCUCUGCCACACCGAGCUGUUCUGUCACUUAGCUGGAUGCAGUACGAGAAACUUAAGGUCUUGCACUGUUUGCGCAGUGGCAACAAGAAGCGUCUCCGUUCUCAAGGCAAGAGCAGCAAGCGGGUUGCCAAGCGACUGCUCAAAGAACCCGACAACCGCUCAUCGUUGGUGCUGUGGCGGGAGUAUGCCCACCUGGAGUGGCUGCUGGGAAACCUGGACGAGGCCCGCAAAGUUUUCUCCACGGCCACAGCGAUAGGGGGAACCGAAGGGUUGAGUAGCCCCGCCCUCUGUGAGCUUUGUCAGCUAUGGUCCGUGCUGGAGGUGGAGGACCAAGCAGGGGUGCGAGGAGGGGGACUGACUGACGUAACCGUGAGCCCAGCUGUGUCCGUGCUAACCAGGCUCGCAGAAGGAACCUCCUCAUCCUCUUCUUCGUCCGCCCAGCCUCUCUCUCCAGUAUCUGUCCUGAAAGCCAGGAGGUCUUAUGAGCAGUCUCUUUCAGCCAGCCUGUCAUCACUGGACCAAGUCCACAACAACCCUCAGACCAACAGCAAAGGUCAAGAGGAUGUGCUUGGAGAGAAGCUGAGGCUGAGUGGUCUGGUGGGCUGCUACGCUCUGUUCCAGUACCUCACGGUUGGCAUCCAAGCAGCUAACGCGGUCUACAGCCCAGCAAGAGAAAAGAUGGAGGCGCUGCACCACAAACUAACACUCGACAAGCAAGCUAACAGAAAUAAGGAAGCUAACCUUGCUGGCGCCGAUGCUGGAAACUCUGCAGCUGAUUCCAGCCAUACCAGCUGGCACCAUGUUCGCAAGAUAGCCUCUGAGUGUCAGGUAUUAGCAGUGCAGCAGGCAGCCUUGCUCCGGUACCACAACAGCAUCAGUGUGUUUCCACUGGCGACACUGAGACAAAUGCUGACCUCUGCCCUUUCAACCUGGCCCAGCUGCGCCCCUCUAUGGAGCAUAUACGCACAGGUGGAGAACCGUUACCAUAGUGCAGGCCGGGCGCGUCGUUUUUUUCACUCUGUAACCAGGGAUAACAGCAGUGUGGUGCCACGCCUCUUCGCCAUUGUUACUGAACAACGAAGGAAGCAGCUGGUGGACGCUGCUCAGAGGUCUUAUUGCCAUGACACUGCCUUGCCUAUCCUGCCAGAGAAUGGCCUCAGCAACCGUAUCCUUGGACUGUUUGAAAGCGCCAUAGGAACAGACAUGGGCGCCCACUGUCCUUUACUUUGGAGGAUGUAUAUGCACUUCCUGGUGUCAGAAGGGAAGGUGGAUAAAGCCACAGGGAUCCUCUACAGAGCCUUACAGAAUAUUCCCUGGGCCAAGGGUUUGUACAUGGAUGCAGUACAGCUGUUCCCAGAGAAACUGCAGGAGUAUGUAGAUCUAAUGACAGAGAAAGAACUCCGACUCAGACUGCCUUUAGAAGAACUGGAUAUACUACUGGAAGACUGAACGUGCGUGCGCACACACACACACACACUUUGUUCAAGUGCUUACUUUAUGUUUGCUUUUCUGGCUAAAUGCCAACCCACAUAUUGGCACACUUGUGAAGAAAAGCAGACUCGCAUCAAACUUGGAUGCUUAUACACACACACACACACACACACACACACACACACACACACACAUCGCUGCAUUUUGAACAUUGAAGAAAAUAAAUCUUAUCUAAUGAUGGACAAGCAGCCAACCUUUGUAUAUAUCGUCUGAAAAUGAUUUUUUUGACAUCAAAUAGAACUGUUUUAAUACCUGACAUUGUCAAUAAAUGAUUCUCAUUCA